AUGGGUUGGCUCUGGGCUUCGCCAUCUCCCCCCAAGACAGCCACUCCCGGACAAGCUUCCCAGGCUCCUACAUCGACCCCGCCAUCCUCGAAUAAGUCGACUGAUUCCGAGAUCGAUCCUGAGAUUGCAAAGUUCAUCGCCCUCUUCCAGAACGAAUCCGAUAGCCAGCCAGAAGAGAAAACGCCUGCGCCGGCGCAAACGUCCCCAACACAGCCCAAACCAUCAUCGUCUUCUUCGUCAUGGUUCUCCCUCAAGUCCUCACCCGACUCCCCCUCUCAAACGAGCAACCGUGCGAUCACGCCACCAUCCGACAACCCCGUGGCCGAGUCCACCCUACCGACAGAGAUGUCUUGCCGCCAGGCCUUCGACAUGGCGUUCCACUGCCAGUCCGUCGGCGGCCAGUGGAAUAGUAUCUACCGAUACGGCACAAUGCGCUCUUGCAGCGAACACUGGGAGGACUUUUGGUUCUGCAUGAGGAUCAAGAGCUACUCGGGAAAGAUGAAGGAGGAUGUAAUCAGAGACCACUAUCGUCAGAAAGAGUAUGAGAAGUAUGGAGAUGGUAAGCCGAGCAGUGAGGACGUCUGGCAGGCGAGGACCACAAAGGUCCCACCAGGCACAGCAUUUACGGAGGGAUUUGAAGACUCCACACUUGAUGACGAGGAAUGGCAGAAGAUGGAAAUUGAGAGGCGGAAGCAGAUUAGGCAAAGGCUAGGCAUCGAAGCAGCGUCGGCAUAA